CUGGCGUUCUAGACACUUGGCGCGACAAAAGGAGAGCCUCUCGGACGGCGGUUAUUUUGCCAGGCCAGCUCAGACAUGCGUACUGGAAAGCGAGUACGAGAGUUAGGCUAUCGCAGAUGCUUUCUUUGGUCUCCCAACGGACAACACAGGCGUUCACUGAUCAUGUCGACUGGACCCUGGCUAGGGGAGUGGCACUGAGCGGACCAUUCGAUGUUCUGGUACUUUCGUUAGACGAUCUAUGUCGGAAGGUUGCUCAUCGUGAUCUAGCAAGGAAACAACAUGUCGACCACAAGUGUGUUUCCAGUCUACAUCGUUACAAAAGCUGAAGGAAAUAAAUCAUAGUCAAUGAGACCACCUUCCAUUUUCUAUCCGUCUCCUGUGUGAUUGUCGUGAUGGCGGGUUCACCCGUUGUCUACCGUCUGCAGUGAAAGUUCUUCAAACGUUACCGGCUGGUGGCCGCAGAAACAUUCUUCGGCGCAGGGGAUAAAGUUGUCUUGAGGCUCACGAGCAUCCCCAUCCAGACCUCGAAACGGGGGUUUGCUCAUCAAGUGCCGACGUCGCCAUUAUUUCAACAGUUCCAGCAAGUUGUAAUUGAAUGGCGUUCGAUUGGAAGUCUUUCUUUUUACCGGCGUCUUCUGCUUUCACGUCUGUACGAGUCCAUCAAAUUUUUCAUCCGGCAGCAGCGGAGCUUUAGCAGUGGCGGUCACAUCCUCUCCACCGCUCACGUCAGCUAGCAUGUGAUGGUUCAUCCAAUGCCUGACCUCAGGAAGCAGCUGCGUGGAGCUGCCAAGCUGGGCAGUCUGUUGAAGAAUAUCGUCCUCAGAUUCUUCACGAGAGGGCAAUCUUCGUCACCUGGUGAGCCAUGUCUUCGGAAGUACCCAUUAUUUUCUCCUAUACCACGUUCGAGGCGGUCCCUUCGCUACAUCCAACACUACUCGUCGCCGGCGCGCCCGUUCACGCCCUCUAUCACGAACCUGAUAAGCGACCCUCGGCUCCUAGGGUACGAAAAUAGUCCAAGCCCCCUGUAGGGUCAAGCCCUAUAUCGCGCUCAAAGAUUCUCUUCAAAGCGAUGUCCCCUGCGACACAACGGCCAAGCCUGAAGACUCAACGCUGCCCACGCCGUCAACGAAGAAGGAUCGUCAUGUUGAGUUGAGCAUGACCAUUCAGGUAUGCGAGUACUUUCCUCUGGAUGCUCCUGAUGACAUAAGGCGGUCGAACAAUGCCACAGAUCGGCUACUAUCAGCUCAUCCCGACAUGCUUAACCCACGCCCUCUCGGCCGGUUGAGUCUGAAGAAAAUUGCAGUCACUUUUGGAAGCGAUUCGAAAACUGCCCAUGAACGCAAGGAUGUGAAGAAAAAAAGCAUCACUCGAACCACACCGGUUCUCCCCCCAACGACGCUUCCCCCGCAAUCCUGAAGGCCACUUUUCAACAGAAACGAAACCUCAAAUGAGGCAUCAACAGAAUCACCCGGCUGCUGUGUCAUAAAUCCUCUCCGUAUUUACAACAAAGGCAUCUGUGUAUCGUUCCGCUUUUGCUGAGGGCCCAGCGUGCGACUAGUGGAAAACUUGUGAAAAACAACAGUUUCGUCAACCGGCAGUUCGUGGCUUGUGUUUCUUUAUACCAGUAAGCAUCCUUUCCACGUAGCCAAAUGCCAACAUAGUGACAUCUUCAUUGAAAGAAUUGCGUGCAAACGGCAAAAUGCCGUGUUUUCACCCGAGCCUGUCGACAGAACACCGUACUCGCGAACCAGAUCUGCUACAGUGUUAG